UUGCUGUGUAGUACGAGGAUACUCACUAAGUGUGUUACGGUCUCUUUUUCAAGUCAUGGCCCAUCCACCGAGGUUGACCCUCGCGGGCCUGCUCCUGGGAUUUCUCCUCUUCGUCGCGCCCUCCGGAGCCAACAAAUGCAUAAGUGGCUGCCAUGGUAUUCAUUCGAGUAAAGCGUACCAAGAAGGUCACACGUACACGUAUCAAUUGGAAGGUGAAUCCGUUACCUCAGUAAGCGAAGCUCAAGGAGAGGCAACCCUCAAAUUGAAUGCUCUCGUUGAAUUAUCCAUCAAGCCUGACUGUGUUCACCAAAUCAGAUUAAAGAACGUGCGAAUCAAUGGAGCUCCCGCAUCUCAAGGUGAGAUCGAGAGACACGGUGUGCAGUUCAACUAUCACAAUGGUCACAUCGAUACGGAGAUUUGCACAGAAGCCGGAGAGACUCAGGCAGCCCUGAAUGUGAAACGAGCAGUGAUUUCUCUCUUCCAAGACGCUAUUAUCCAGGAUGACGGAAGCACCACUCAUCACGAGACAGACGUGUUCGGCGCUUGUCCGACUGACUUCACGUUCAGCACCAGCGGAGAGUCUCGAAUAAUCAAGAAGCACCGAAACCUCGAAGAGUGCUUGUACCGUGAAAACAUAAGGCAAGACCUGAUGUCGGCGUCGAUUGACCCGAAUUCCGGCUUCAAAACUACCCCUCUUCUCGCAUCGGAGCAAGAGGUGGAACAGCAGUUCAAUCGGGGAAUUUUGAACAAGGUGAAGUCCGUCGAAACCUACAAAUUCAAACCCUUCAGCAACGGUGAGGCUGGCGCCAGGACCGUUGUCGAGACGACCUUGACAUUCAAGGGAAAAAAGGGCGACAGCCCUCCGGCCCCGGUAUCCGAGCCCAAGUCACUGGUCUUCGAGGUUCCACAUCCAGUCGUAAGCUCAUCUAUUGACGCGAUCGAAAGGGUCCUCCACAACCUUCACGAGUCGAUGCCUGACGACGUGACUGCGUCAGGAGCUCACCAGUUCACGGAACUAAUCAAAGUACUGCGCCGGAGUAGCAAGAACGACAUUUUGACAGCCUACUCGCGCGUCAGAGCCGGUGCUGGGUUCGAAAAUAACGCAGCGAAGAAGGUCUUCCUGGACGCUCUCUUCCGAACCGGAACUGGAGACUCGGCGGAAGCUGCAGCCGAACUGGUUAAGACCAAACAGCUCGACACAUUGGAGACCAUAGUCUACUACACCAGUCUUGCGUUCGUCAGACACGCCAGCCUCUCGUCCGUUACCAGGGUGACCAGUUUACUGAACAAUCCUGAACUCCCGCGUAUUGGUUACCUCGGGAUUGGUUCGGUGAUUGGAAAGUACUGCCAAGAGCACGACUGCGAAAAUAAGCCUGAGAUAAACGCGGCGCUUGCUGCGUUUUCUUCUAAACUUACUAAGGCCACGACUCGUCAGCAGGAAAAUGUCGUCAUUUCCGUACUGAAGGGACUCGGAAAUGCCAGGUACCUCGACCACGCCACCAUGACAAAGAUCGCCAGUAUCGCCGUCGACAAAACCGUUCACAAUCGCGUAAGAGUCGCCGCUAUCGAGGCCUUGCCAGCCAAGUGCUCGAUGGAUUGGAAGAAACUUUUGUUCUCGACUUUGGCCGAUCGGUCUGAAGACAGCGAGAUCAGAAUUAAGAUUUACCUGUCUCUGGUCGCCUGUCCGUGUUCCCACGUCGCCCACACGAUCAAAGAGGUACUCGACAAGGAAACCGUCAAUCAAGUCGGAUCGUUCAUCCAGUCCCAUCUGCGCAAUCUCCGUGCGUCUACGAACCCCGAAAAAGAGAGAGCCAAACGCGAACUGGGCCUCAUCAAGCCUCGCACCAGAUUCCCCGAAGAUUUCCGCAAAUUUUCCUACAACGACGAACUAUCUUACAGUAUCGAUGCUCUGGGUCUUGGCUCGGCAGCUGAAAGCAACGUUAUCUACAGCCAGAACAGCUUCUUCCCUCGUUCAGCUAGCAUAAAUCUGACAACUGAGGUAUUCGGUCGGUAUUUCAACUUUUUGGAGAUUGACGGGCGAUUCGAAAACGUUGAUGUGUUGCUCGAAAAAUACUUGGGACCUAAGGGGAUUCUGCGACCUUCAAAUCUGAAGGACGUUCUUCUCGAUGGAAGGAAAUCUUAUGAUAAUAUUGUGAAAAAGGUUAUAGAUCGAUACGAAAAGAAGGUAGGACGUCGUCACGCUCGCGAUGUAAGUCAGAAUCAAAUUGUCAAUUUUGGCAGAAAGAUCCAUCUACCCGAAACUGAACUCGACGAUGAUCUUGAGCUUGACUUGUCGAUCAAGUUGUUCGGCGCAGAGCUUGUUUUCCUCAGUUACCAAGGCAAUGACAAGUUCAACCCAAACUCGAUCGUUGACCAAAUCCUAAACGCUCUUGAAGACGGAGCGGACAAGGCAAAGCACUUCAAUUAUAACAUCAAGAACCAUCUCAACUUUUUGGACGCUGAAUUGGUGUACCCCACUGGUCUCGGUCUUCCAUUGAGCUUGGGCGUUGUCGGAACAAGUGUGGUCCACCUGAAAACAAGUGGGAAAAUCGACAUCAUUGAAAUCAUAAAGAAUCCAAAGUCCACGGCAAUCGAAAUAGCUGUAGAACCAAGCGCUUCUAUAGAAAUUGGCGGAAGUUUGAUUGUAGAAGGUUUCGGCGUUGAGUCUGGACUCAAGGUUAUCACCUCUUUACACACAUCUACGGCCACCGAUGUUUCCGUCAAAUUAUUGGAUGGAUACGGAGUGGAUGUAAACAUUGGCCUUCCCAAACAGAAGCAGGAAUUGAUUAAUAUCGAAAGCCAAGUUCUCAUCAGCUCCGGGCCUAAGGGUGACAAUUAUAUACCUCCCAAGUUCAGCAACGGUCAGGAACAUUCCGAUUGCUUUGAACAACUCUACAGCCUUGCAGGGCUCACCGUGUGCGGCAAAAUCGCCUAUCCGUACGACAGCCUGGCAGCCGUUCAAAAGAAACCCCUGUUCCCUCUAAGCGGACCAGCUUCAUUUGCACUUCGCACAGAAAACAACGACGUGAAGAGCUACCACUUCAGGGCUUACUACGACACGAAAAAUCCCAAGGCACGUUCUCUCGAAAUCUUAUUGGAAACACCAAACACUAGAACAGAGCGUAAGAUCUCACUUCUCCUGGAGGCAGCCGUCGAACCCGACAAGUUGGUCAGAGUUACGUUUGACUCGCCAUUCAAGAAGGCCGUAGUUGAGGGUAUAAUCAAGAAUACUCAAAAAGAACAAACUCUCGCAGUUACUGUUCGCCAUGACAGCAUCGAGUACUAUGCGCGAAUCGGUGUAGAAUCUUCUGGCAAUCGUUACAGACCUAUCCUUGAAUACAAGGUACCAGAGCACAUCGAAAAACUAGCUGGAAUUAAAAACGGCGUGAAGAAUACCCGGCGAGACGGACAGCACUACUCCGUCGGGGGUGUGGUUGAUGUUAGUGACUACAAUGGCGGAAAGAAGUACGUGUUCAAUCAACUGUCGUUAGUUUCCGAAGGUCAGUCCAUUCUCAAUAUCGAUGGAACCGUCGCUGUGUCUCGCCAAGGUGGCAACGCCGAUCUCAAGAUCGGAUACGGUGGUGACAGGUUGUUACUGAAGGGGAACAGUGUGGUUUCAAACAUUUUCACUCAAAAAACACAGAUAUCAGUUGCUUCCACGAAGAACCCGGUGAAUAGUUUCAGUGUGGCGUUUGAAACCGAUGGCGAUGCAAAACACUAUAAAGAAACUGUCGUCUUCGUUCACGGCAGUGAUUUGAACUCGCAAACAAACCGUAUCACAUAUCAUGCAGACAAUAAGUACGAAUAUGUGAAUGCUAAUAAGUUCGAUAUUUCGUUCGGCCGAAAACUCACUUACCCCGCAGUGGGAUUGGUCGCUAAAUUAGAAGCUGGGGCGACUCCUAAAUCCAUUGAAUACGAGUUUGAGUUCAAAUACGACAAGUUCAAUAUAGAGUCGGAACUAUCUGCGAAUGUUGGAAAGCCAGGCGAUUUCGAGGCUGAAUUCGAGGCAAAGUUGCAGGGAAAUAGCAUCAAGCUUAAGACGGAACGCGCCGUUCUUGGUGAGCAUAAAAGUAAGUUCGAAACUUCGUUGGAAGUGCAUCCCGGUGGUAAAUACGAGAUCGAAGCGGUAAUUGAUCACGAUGAUAAGUCCAACGAUAUCAACACCAAAAUUGUGGCCCAGAUCAAGGUGAAUGGCAAAAAAGCUGUGAUUGAUGUAGGCUUAGAAGCCAACCAAAAUAGAGUGAACUCUAAUGCUGUUAUUGACUACGAAAGCACCAGAUAUCUCGACUUCUUAUUGGCCCUGCAACGGGGAACGAAUCCAAAUGGGAAUCUCAAGCUGAAUCUUAAAAACUACGUAACAGCCAACGGCCAGUUUAAGUUCGUGAAAGGUGCCGGAGGUGAUGCGGAUAUUGAAAUCAACAUCCCGAAGUUUAGCCGUAAGAUUACGGGUCACGGGAAGGUCGCAAUUACCGGAAGUAGGCAUGUUGCGAAUGUUGACAUCUUGUACGAUGCAUCGAAAGACCCAAAGAAACGCAUCAAGUUGUCGUCGGACAGUGAUUUGACAUCGACGUCAUUUGACACCAAGAAUACCAUCGAAAUAUUGGAUUAUAAAACUGUCGUAAAUGCUAAAGGAAACCGUCAGGGUCGUAAUGAUAAUGGACACCAAGAUUUCGAAUUUGAUGUGACCUUCCCCUGUGGCAGAUACGUUGUUGGAAAAGGCAGCAGAGAUGCAACCACCAAAAAUGAACUCAUAGAUGGCAAGAUGCAGUUCGAAUUGAUUGACCACGUGAACAAGGGAGGAAAGCGUCGUGAUCUCGUUUAUCACGCUGAAGUUCAUGAUCUGAAUCUUGUGGCUUACACGUACCGAGCCAAGCAUGACUUAAAGUUCAUCGAUUUCGAAAGAAAAGAUAUCAACGUUUUGCUGGAACUUAAGAAUCUACAUAAUGGCCCAGACAAAAAAUCUAGGGAUUUAAAAUUCAACUUACUUGGUGCGAAAAUACCCUCACCAUUCUCACUGGAAUAUUCACACGAUUCGGAGAAGGACGGUGCUUCUGGUUCCGGAAAAUUUAAGUCCACUCUGGGUAACAAUCUGAGCUUGCAGGUCAACGGAAACCUUGUCCGUGGAAACGGUGUCGACAAACCAACAGCCGUGGAAGCGGCAUUUGAAAUUAAAUUACCGAGCCAGAAGCUCAGUAAUGUAAAAUUGGAGUACUCUGGUACCAUUCUGACUCCCAACGAACCAACUGGUCGUUUUGAAUACAUAGAAAGGACAGAAUUGACUUACAACACCGACCAAACCAUCAAAUUGGAUAGUCGUUUCACCAACGUUGGUAUUUUCGUUUAUGAUCACACUUUCGAAGGAUCUGGAAAGGCAACCCUUACGGUUCUGAGUAAUGCACCGAUAACUGUUGGCUACAGUUACAAACACAACCCAACAAAUGAAUUGAAGGAAACAUCAGGUUCACUGAGCAUCAACAAUGGAAACAAACAGACUAACAUUGCUGUUGAUAGUACCUAUCUUGAACACCUGAACGUUAUUAAUCUGAACAUUAAAGCCACGACUCCAGUUGAAACGAUACGCAACGUUGACAUCAAAUUCCAGCAUGAAGGUACAGACAGAAUCGGCAGACAUCCCAUCCCGAGUUCCAGCAAAACAAACAUAAUUGCGAUUGUUAACCAAGCUAAAUACACCCUGGAACAAGAAAUGACAGUCAAGGAAGACAAAGUUAGUGGCAGCGUAACUGUUACUACACCUCAGGGUGUGACGAAACACACUAUAGUAUUCAACAAGCUUGGAACUAACAAAUUUUCAGGUGAAUGGAAAUUGAGUACGCCAAAAGGAUUUGUGAACAUCGAUGGUGAGAUUGACGUGGCCAAAAUCGAUGACUUCAGUAUUAUAUUCAACUUUGAUAGUGAUAAGGUGCAAACUCGUAAGAUUCACGGAGAAAUUGCUAAUAACAAAGUUGCCAAGGGUGGCAAGAAAAUUGUGAUAAACAUCAGCUCCGAGGGAAAGAACAUCAUUCUUGGCAGUACUAGCUACAACAAGCAUUCUGAAGGCAGUAAAGUAAUUGUCGAGGGUAACGGAAGCCUGAAGAUUCGUGAUAGUACCAAGAGUUCGUCGUUCAAGUACACUCAUCAACAAUUGACGUCGGACGUUAAUGGAGAACUCGGCGUUACAAGUCUUUUGACCUUCAACUUUGGACCUUCCAGUAUUGUCAAUGAAUUCAAAUUUACCGACAAGGAAGUCUACGUCUUCAACAGUUAUUGCGAGCAGAGCGCAGACUGCGCACAAUUCAAGUUACAGGCAAAAUCAAGUCAAUCAGGAUUGAAACGCUCCAAGGAAAGUACUCUUGAAGUUGACCUCAGGAAGUUCAACGUUCCGUACGAAUUUGGCUUGAAGAGAAAUCAGGUGAUCGAUCCACAAUCCGGAUAUGAUGACUCAACCAGUUUGUACCUGCAUUCUUCAAAGGGCAAGACUGAGUACAGCUAUCAAGCUUACCUUCACCCAACAGAAUCCGGUGUUAUCCUUACUUUGCCGAGUCGUGAACUAGCCCUGAUUGGAACUGCGAACCUUCCCAAAAACAAGCGUUCUGGAGGAUACAAGAUAGACACUUCAUUGUACCUGGACAGAAAGCGUAAUCCAAAGGAGAAGACCAGUCUAACCAUCACUGGUGAUGUUCUUUUUGAAAAAAGUACUGUCAGUAUCACUGGGGAAAGCAGGCUGACAUAUCCAUCCCAGCAUAAGGAUUUGAGCGUGAAAGGUAAACUCCACGUGGGUGGUGCUCAUCUGCUGGAUGCGAACUUCGACAUCGACGUAUUUGCAAAGAGAAAUCAGAAGAUCACCGUAGUAGCAAAGGUUCUCCAGACUCCUAUCAACGAUAAUACCGGCUACAAUGUGACUGGAUCAUUGUCAGUUACCAGUCCAGGACAACGACUGAAGGUCGAUGUUGAUGAGUAUGUGACUAUUUCACGCAAGGAAAUUGCUUUCGGAUCAUUCUUGGCGUACACCGAUGAACACCAAAAACCCAAGUCGACUGGCGUAGAGUUCUAUGUUAACCUGCAGGGAGUUCACCUGCUCAUCAAAUCACCAGACCAAGAAUUGAUCAAAGUUGAUUCCAAACUUGAUCUGUCAAAGAAUAUACAGAAAAUUGAUAUGGACAUAGCUAUAUUCAACAGAGCCCCAGUCAUCAUUACUUUGGAAGUCAGGGAUAUGAACUUCUUCAAAUAUCUGGCUUAUGAGAGGAAUAAUCCUAAUAACAAAUUCGAAGCCGGUGGACGCGUUGUAGUAGGGCAAAUAGCCGAGCUGCAUGCGGAUUCGGUCAAGGAUGGAGCUAAGAAGGAACUUUUCCGCAUACGCAUCCAGCUCGAUGAACGCCAUUAUCUGAAGCCAGAAUUCUCCUUCGACAAGAACAACGUUGGACACAUUAUCGACUCCUACCGUGGGCGCGUAGUAGAAGUAGCCAAAUUGACAAAUGAAUUCGUCGAAAGUUUGGCUGAAGAGAUUAUUACCGAGGUUAAAGAUUUAUUGGAACAUCUCAAGAAGGCUCAACCCAAUCUGAAACCACUUUUCGAUUACUACGUGGCCGAGCUUACCAAGUUGAAGGAUGAACUGAACAUCGAGACCGAAGGCAUCAAGCAGAUUCAGGCUAAAUUAAACGAAGUAUUCGGCGGUACUAUCCAGCUUGUUCUUGAAAUAGUCAAGCAAGUUACCCACCGGUUUGAAGAACUACAAAAAAUAUUCAGAGAAACUGUCGAUAGACUCGGUGUAGCGUUCAAAGCGACUCUACCUGAAUUCCAGAAGAUUUGGCGUGCGAUCAGUAAUCUGAUCAUUGAUUUAUUCGAAGACGCAGCAAAAACUUUGGCCAAUAUCCUCAAGACUUUCGCAGAUAUUUUCAACGCUAACAAGGACGAGUUCAAGCAGGUUGCCAUUCUCUUCGCAGAGCUUACCAACGAAAUCACAUCAAUUAUCAUCAAGACUGCAACUCAAAUUAAGAAGGAUGCAAAUGACUUUUACACUGUGCUAAUCAAGGAGUUCAAAGCUUUGCCAAUCUAUGAAUUCGUGAAGCAGAAGUACGGAGAGUUGUCAGACGUUAAAAUCUACGAAGGAGUGAUUCGUGCCAUAACUGAUGUUGUUCAGUCGGUUAAAAAAUUCUUGCCAACCAAAGAGCUCCAAAACCUUCUUACUGCUACCUAUGAUUACAUCAUCAAGCUCGUCAAACGCGAAAAGGUUGACGACGUUCAGGAAAUCAAGAAACUGUAUGCUCUUAUCCUACACGCCAUUGAGUCUGUUAUUGAACUUGUCAAAAGCCGUACUAUCAAAAAUGACUUCUCCAACGUUAUCGAAACUAAAUUACCAUUCGAUCUAAGCGCUUUAUCCAAAUUACCUGGAAUCGUCACUUUGAAGCUUUCAGUUCUUACAUUGCUUCGCAAUCAGGAAUUCCCAACAUUGAACGAAGUAUUGAACACGUACAGGCCAACUAAAUAUCCGUCGGACCUGAUACCACCAUUCGGGAAGUUUGCAACAUUCGCAGAGAGCAGCUUCUUUUCAUUUGACGGACGUGGCGUUGCUCUUCCUGGUCAAUGCAGCUACGUUCUGGCUCAAGAUGCUCGCGAUGGAAACUUCUCCAUCGUUGCCCAAUUGCAAAAUGGAAAAUUGACCGGAGUGACGAUCGCUGAACCUACAGAGAGCAUCACCAUUGAAUCUACCGGACGUAUACUCGUCAACAACCAACCUGCCGAUUUCCCUGCCAGUACGAAGAACCUUCACGCCUCACUUCAUUAUCCAAGGGUACGUGUUGUGUCUGAGUAUGGAAUAACUCUGGACUGUGACACAGGGUCUGGUUUGAUAUGCAGCGUGCACGUGUCUGGAUUCUACCACGGUAGACUACGUGGUUUACUUGGAAACGCAAACAACGAACCUUGGGACGAUUUCACCCUCCCGUCUGGCAAGGUUACCGAGAAUCCAAGUGAGUUUGGAAAUGCUUUUAAACUGACGCCUGGAUGUGCGGACGUUAGUCCUGCCGAUCUUCGUGCACCGAAACAUGAAUCUUUCUGCACGGACUUUUUCACUGGAUCGUCUUCGUUAAGUCCUUGCUUCGAUCACAUUAACCCAAGUCAGUAUCGUGACUACUGCGAUCUCCUUGCUGGGAAAGUUGCUACGAGUGAAUUGAAGAGAUCAUACGCUUGUUAUUUUGCUCGCGCCUACGUUUUGAAUUGCCAGUACAAAAAUAUUCCAGUUCAUAUUCCAUCUAGCUGUGCAUCCUGCAAGGUUGGAAAUCGGAAGGUGGAUAUUGGCGACACUUUCAGUACGCAACAUCCGAAGCAACAGGCCGAUGUCGUGAUCGUGGUUGAGCAGGCAACUGAAAACAUCAAAGUCUUCAAUGAACUGGUACUCCCUCUCAUCAGCUUGGUCAGGACCGAACUCAGAGAGCAAGGCAUAACCGAUGUCCACGUUGGUCUGAUCGGUUUUGGCGAUCACAUGGAUACCCCGGAGCACUACACGCUCAAAGGAAGCCGAAACAUCGAAGGAGAUCAAGUGAAGAACAUGAAAUUUGCAUCCAGGACUCCGACUAUCACUCUUGAGGAAGCUAAAGCUGGUGAUGGGAAGAAAAAACUGGAUUACUUUGGACAAAUGCUCGUUAAUGAAUUGGGAACCUUCAAGUUGACCGACGCAUACCAAGAGGCUCUAAACUAUGACUUCAGGCCAGGAGCAUCAAAGACUGUCAUAGGCGUUAUCGCUACUCCUUGCUUAAAGAGUCCUCUACCCGUAUCUCUGCAACAGUUGAGACUGUUAUUGGGAUUGGUUGCCUACAACGAAAUGGGUAUGACUUACCAUGAAAUUGCCAACCUGGAUGAUAUUUUGAUUUCUGGCAAGGCGGAUAAGAGUGUUGUCGGCUUUGAUUCUGACAGUGUAUUUACUUUUGCUGACAACAAGAAGAAGCCCGUCGAAGGAAGCACAGAGUUGAAGAAUAAUAUGGUACUCGCCAGUCGCGACGUAUGCGCAACCUUCGCUGCUGACUCUGGCGGCGGUGCUUACAGCGCGCACAACUUCUUGGAGGCCAAGGAGAACAAGAAAAAGCAGUUUAAACAAGUUGUCGCAAGAAGGAUCGUGAGCAGUUUGGUUGGCACGGAAAUUCGGGAGGAUUGUGUCUGCAAGCAGGGAUACGGCGGAUUUGCUAAAACGGAAUGCAAGAUCAUUUCGCGAAAGGAAAAAGAGCCCAUUGCGAGGCGCACAAAGACAGGACGCAAGGGUUAAGAAGCUUUACAAGAUCUGGCCGUCUAAUAUCAUCAAUUAAUUAGGAAUGUCAUAUUCGUUACUUUGUUUUAAUAUUCCAGUAAUAAUACUUUAGGCUUAGACUACAUAUUUCAUAUAUUUGUAAUAUUGUGUAACUCAGUCAUACCAGGGAAUAAUUAUUAUUCUUCAACAUUGUGUCUUUAAAAUAUAGUUAAUUUUAUUGAAAACACUAGAGACAGAUUUUUAUGUAACGAAUUUUGUAAACGUCACAAAUGCACAAAUAGAUGUAACUCACUUGACUGUAUAAUGUAAUAAAGAUUUAUAGAUUUAUAUUCAA